AAGCAGGACAAACAACAUAUUUAUUCAGUACACUGGGAAGGAUACAGUUUGUUUUAAAGUUAUGGGGCUAUUAGAUGUAUUUCUCCAGUCCUCCAGUUCUGUCUCCUUGUUAGCAGCUCUCAUAGUACUGGUGCUGGUCUACGUAAUCUCCUCCUCAAGCUUCAGCUCCAAGUCAGAUGGAAACGAUCCUCCAGGACCAAAACCAUUCCCUAUACUUGGUAACCUGCCGCAGCUGGACCUCAAGAAACCACACAGCACAUUACUGGCGCUUUCCAAGAAAUAUGGGUCAGUGUUCACUAUCUAUUUGGGAUCCAGAAAAGUGGUGGUCGUGGCAGGAUACAAAGCAGUAAAGGAGGCACUUGUCAACCAUGCUGAUGAUUUUGGAGACAGGGAUAUAAUGCCAAUUGUGGAAAAAAUUAACAAAGGACAUGGGGUUUUAUGGUCCAACGGGGAUUCAUGGAAAGAGAUGAGACGCUUUGCUUUGACUAACCUGAGAGACUUUGGAAUGGGUAAAAAGGCAUGUGAGGACAAAAUCAUUGAGGAAUGUCAGUCUCUUAUGGAAGUGUUUAAGAAAUUCAAAGGAGAAGCUUUUGAUACAACCCAACCAAUGAACUAUGCAGUCUCUAAUAUCAUCUGCUCCAUGGUCUAUGGCAGCAGAUUUGAAUACGAUGAUCCAGAGUUUACAGCCCUGGUAGAUCGCACAAACAAAACCAUUCAAAUUGUGGGCUCCCCAUCAAUACAGUUGUACAACAUGUUUCCUUGGAUUGGCAAAUUCUUCUCUGACACUAAGGAAGUCCUGCAGUCAUUUCAGAGCAACAAGGCGCAGACCCUUAAGUUGAUCAAUAAUUUGAAAGAGACCCUCAAUCCACAGAUGUGCAGAGGUUUCGUGGAUGCCUUUCUGGUCCGAAAACAAAAUCUGGAGGAAUCUGGGACUAACAACAGCCACUUCCAUAAUGAAAACCUAAUGAAUACCGUCGGUAAUCUCUUUGCUGCUGGCACUGAUACAACAGCAACUACACUGAGAUGGGGACUUCUGCUUAUGGCCAAGUAUCCAAAAAUACAGGACCAGGUCCAGGAGGAGCUGAGCAGGGUGAUAGGAAGUCGUCAGGUUCAAGUCGAGGACAGGAAGACUCUGCCCUUCACCGACGCUGUCAUCCAUGAGACACAGAGACUAGGCAACAUCGUGCCCAUGGCUCUUCCUCACAGGACCAGCAGAGACGUCACCUUCCAGGGUCACCUAAUUAAAAAGGGGACGACAGUUUAUCCUCUCCUGACAUCUGUCCUCUAUGAUGAGAGUGAGUGGGAGCAUCCACGCACCUUUCAUCCUGCUCACUUCCUGGACAAAGAUGGAAAGUUCGUCAAGCGAGAUGCAUUCAUGCCUUUUUCUGCAGGUCGCAGGAUUUGUCUCGGUGAGAGUCUGGCCAGGAUGGAGCUCUUCGUCUUCUUCACCACACUCAUGCAGCACUUCCGUUUCACUGCUCCACCUGGAGUUUCAGAGGAUGAGCUGGAUCUUACACCACGAAUGGGCUUGACCCUUAACCCCUCACCUCAUAAACUGUGUGCUGUCCCCCGUUUGUGAGGAGCAAGGUGAUGCUGCUUGAUCAGUUACAUUUGAGUCGUUUCUAAUUUCUACAAUGUUAUACACCGUGUAGUGCAACAGCAGUUGUUAAAUUCAACCUACAAGAUGUAAUGAUUCGAUGUAUCCAUAAUCACACCCUCUGUUGACUGACUCUGGCAUUUGGGGAAGCAACUUGUUCUCAACAAUGACCUCAGACUCGUACACGUCCGACCGCUAUACUCACUGUACUCUGGCACUAUAUGGAGGCUGAGUUUGACAGUAAUCUCUGAGAGGAAUGUAAUGCAUAGUGGCUAAAAUGGCUCAAAGUUCUGCACAUACUGUAUGCCCUUCAUGACUGAUGUGCCCCUCUCAGUGUUUCCCACAGAAUAUUGAGAGACUAUAGUGAUUGGACCUCAGUCUGACCCUCUAGGGGGGUCCAGGGGCAAAAUUUGAAGUCAAAUGCAUGUUUCAAGUGCACUCUGAGAGCACAAUUAAGAUGUUAUAUCUAUAAAACAUAACAAAUGUGUACUCUAAACAAUUUUGUGCUUUAGUACAGAGAUGUUUGGCCGCUAUGAAACUGUAGUGGCACAAAUUAGACUAUGGUGGGCCGCCACAAUCUAUAUAAUUAAUGGGAAACGCUGGCCCCUCUGUACAAAACUAAUAAAUAUACUGUAUAUCUUAUUGAUAAUACAAUUAUUAUUAUUAUUGCUGCUGCCACUCUAAUUAUCAAUUUUACACCAAGUACAGUACAAUAACAACAAUUAACAAACAAGUGUGUGAUCAUACCCUGUAACCUAUUUAAAUAACCAGAGGUGUGCUUUGUUUUAAUGUUUCUGUAUUAUCCUUCUGUCAAAGUAUUUUAUGUGGUCUUAUGAAUUCUGCUCUGCUACAUAUAGUAUUGCUGUUCCUGUUUAAAUUCAUUUUAUAUGUCUUUUGUAGCUGUCAUUACACCUGCUCAGGGACUGCAGUUGAAAAUGACUCUAAAUGGCCAAGAACUGGCACAUUUAAAGAAAUGUUUAUUAAUGUUAACUUUCCCUGUAACUUUAGAUGGUAUAAAUAAAUAAGAACAUAAACAACAGA